CAUCUUUUGUAACAAGAAGGUAAGAACCAACAAAACAAAUGGAUCCGAAGGAGCUUCCACCCAACGUAAGAGACGACAAGAUAAGCGAAGAAACCAAGAAGUUGAUCUCUUCGCUUCCUUCACACACAGAUUCCCAAGGACAGAAGCUUUGUAAAUAUCAAGGAUGUUGGUAUUAUUACAACACCCUCCAAGGCGUUCUCAAUUUCCAGAGUGGUUUUCAGCCACAGGACACCGAUAUAAUACUUGCUUCUUAUCCAAAAUCAGGCACUACUUGGCUCAAGGCCCUCACUGUCGCCCUUCUGGGCAGAUCAAAGAACCACUCUUCUUCAAAUGAUCAUCCUCUACUGUAUGAUAAUCCUCAUGGCAUUGUACCAUUCUUGGAGAUCGAUGUUUAUCACGAAAGCUCAAGUCCUAACCUAGACAACUUCUCAGCAACUCCGAGGCUGUUCUCGACUCACAUGCCACUGCACGCGAUGCAGGAAACCCUCAAGCAGUCUCCUUGCAAGAUUGUCUACGUGUGUAGGAACUUGAAGGACACGUUGGUCUCCACUUGGCUUUUUGCCUGUGCUAUUUUUAAAAUAGAACCAACUAGAAGCAUUCUCGACUCUAUGUUCAAAUCGUUAUGCAAUGGAACUAUCUUUUAUGGACCAUUUUGGGACCAUCUCUUGAGCUACUGGAGAGGAAGCUUCAAAGACCCCAAGCAUGUCCUUUUCAUGAGGUAUGAGGAAAUGAAAGCAGAGCCUCAUGAACAGAUCAAGAGACAUGCCGACUUCUUGGGUUGUCCUUUUACUAAGCAAGAAGAAGAGAGUGGAGUUGUGGACAAGAUCUUGGACCUUUGCUCUCUGCGUAAUCUGAGCAGUUUGGAGGUUAACAAAACCGGGAAAGUAAACAAUGUGGAUCACAAGAAUUUUUUCCGUAAAGGGGAAGUCGGUGACUCGAAAAAUUAUCUUACGACUGAAAUGGAGAACAAGAUAGACAUGAUUAUUCAAGAAAAGUUGCAAAGUUCUGGUUUGAAUUUCUAG